GCGGCUCUCCAUUCGUCGAGUAUUUAGUUUGAAACAUUUGUUGGUUGAACAUGCACGCCCUGAAAGUGAUUUUAGUUCUGGGACUGGCCCUGGCCGUUGCCGCUGAUGAGGUCCCUGUGCUCGGAGGCACUAGACCACUAGAGGGUGCUGAAUUGGAGGAGGCGAAGGCGGGCCUGAACAGCUCUCUGGAGAAAUUGGCUUCUGGAGACGGACCCAGUUACAAGGUUGUGAAAGUGAAAUCGGCGACUACACAGGUGGUGGCAGGCACCCUCCAAAAAUUCGAGGUGGAGCUUUCCAACGGAUCAGACAAUAAGGAUUGCAUCGUCAGCAUUUGGUCCCAGCCCUGGGAGAAGGAGAAUGGUACCCAGCUUACGGUUGAAUGCAAAAACGAAGGCAAAAUUGAGAAAACUUGGUAG